AGCUAUAGGAAUUUCGUGCGUAUAGGUGCGGUUAGUGAAAUUAAUAAUAAAAAUAGGAAUAAAAUAUUUGUUUUUGUGACAUUUAAGUAUUUAAUAGUAUUGUGAUUGUUGAUGAUUGUUAAAUAUACAAGGAAACAAAAACGUGAAACUUAUCUUUGAUGUAUAAAAUAUUCAAUACAUUGUUUAACUGUCAACUCAGCAGCUGACAAUUGUUUAUAGACAAAUAGUAAAUAAAUAAUGCCCAAAAUUAGUAUAAAUAGUAAAUAAAGGAAAUAUUAAUAUAGAGAACAAUUAGCUCCUUUAAUUGACACUUUAAACGAGAAAUUAGUAACAAUUAUUUUCAUAGUAAAAAGUCAUGACAGCAAUACAGAAUUUGCAAAACCAUGGAUGGUAUUUAUCAGAACGUGGUUACAAUCUUGCGAGCAAUAAUGGCAAUACAGUGGAAAUUCAGCAAAUAAUCAAACGAGCAGCUGAGCUUGAUUUAAAAGAAAUUGGAAGUGGUGAUGGCGAUAUUAAUCAAGGAAAUGUAGUUUUACAAAUUCAAAAACUACGAAAUGUGGCUGCUCCGAAAAAUAAUGAAGAAUCACGUGCAGCUCCUCGUAUGUUAAAAUUGUCAUUGACAGAUGGUCGAAAUAAUUUUCAAGCUAUUGAGAUUGAGUAUAUUGCUUCUUUAAGUCUUAAUACUCCUCCCGGAACGAAAUUAUUAAUAAAAUCAGAAAAUCUAUCAACCACACAUGGUAUUAUUUUAUUGCGUCCUUUAAAUGUGGGAUACGUUUACGAAGGAAAAGUAGCAAACCUUGUGGAGAAAUGGGAAUUAAAUAAAAAAUUAGCAGUACACUCGAGAGUAAGAUCCGCGGAUGAUGGAGGCCCACCACCAUGGAUUCCGUUUGGAAAGAAAAUUAUGAAGGUUAUAGAUCAGGGGAAAAAUUUCAAAGCUUUAGCCGAUAAAGAAAAGAGCACAAAAGAAAAUACAGAAUUUGAGGCACAACGUAAAGAUGCCAUCGCUGAGGCUGCCAAGCAGGGAAAUAAAAAAAUAUUUGGUGGUGGUAAUCAGCAGCUAUUGGAUCAUGGAGUACAAAAAAUUGUCGAUCAAGGCUUUUCAAUUGAACAAGCCGAAUUUGCCUUGAGGGUAAACAGAAAUAAUUUGGACAGAGCUUUAAAAUCUUUACAAAAGAAUGAAAAUAAACAAAACAAUACUCGUGAACCUAGAGAACCUAAAGGCAAACGUUUCGAAAAGAAAAUUGAAGAGACUGGAAAACCAAGUAGUGGAAAAGUCUCCUUAUUUGAUUUCCUCGAAGAUAAACUUCAAGCCCAAUCGGAAGUCGCCGAAGCGAAUUAUUCUCAGAAUACAAAUGAUUUCGUUGUCAAAGAAAAAGUCGAAUAUGAUUCUAGAGGAAAUGAUCAUCAUAAUUCAACUCGUGGUUCAAGAGGUCAAAGAUUUGGAAAAGGUUAUCAACACACACCAAGACAACAUUAUGACGAUUCAAAAAGUAAUAAAUGGUCAAAUAGCAAUUCAUUUAAUCCUCAAGUUUCUCACUACAAUUCAAAUGGUGGUAUUGCACAAAAUAAACCACCAAGAUUUCAAAAAAAUCCCGAGCCACACAAUCAUUUUCAAACUGACAACAAUCCUCGAGAUUAUAGGGGAAAUUACAACAAACAUCAGUCAAACGAUACGAGGAAUUCAUUUGCAGGAUCACGUUUUGAGGGAGGAAAUUAUAAAAGUGGACCAUCGGGAAAUUACAAUAAAUUCCAGCAAGAUCAACGAAAAAUGGAUAAUACAAGAAAUCAAUAUCAAUCCGAUGUUGAUACAAAGAGUAAACAUUUCGAUCCACCUCAAAAUCGUUAUAAUCGAGAUACAAAUCGUAAAGAAUUUUCAUCGUCCAAUGAAAAUGAUAGAAAUUCGAGAAAUUAUACGCUUAAAAAUAACACUCCUGAUAAUACUUAUGCUUAUUAUAAUGUACAUAAUCAAAAAAAUGGCAGCAAUGUCAAUAGUGAGCAGCAAAAUCAAAGCACGUCAAGUGCACCAUGGGUUUGGAAGAAAGGAGACAUGUGUUUUGCUAAAUAUUGGGAAGACAAUAUGUAUUACCAUGCAGAGGUGACCGAUUUAUCUAAAACAACUUGCGUGGUUCGUUUCCGAGAUUUUGAUAAUUAUGAAGAAGUAUUACAAACGGAUUGCUUUCCCGUCACGGAAGAUGCGAAAAAUCGAACAAAUCAACGACCACCACAAGAGGGUAAUAAAAGACAGGAUUAUCGCCCAGAUAAUAGACCACCGCGACAGGAACAAAAUAACGAACGCUUUAAUGUUGGAAUGGAAUUCAGAAGAGGUGGAGGUGGAGCAGGUAUCAAAGGAGGAUAUAGAAGAAGGGGACAACAGCGUAGCACACAACCGAUUUAUCAACCACCGGCACAACGUGCUCCAACAGUUCCACAAAAUACAUAGAAUGUUAUAUUAUAUAUUUCUUAAUGGAAUCCGAAAGAAUUGUAGAGUACAAGGCAGUAUAUUUAUAAUUAAUUACUCAUAGUGGCUGGCCCGUUAUUGUACCAAGACUGACCAUUCAAAAACGCUUUUGACUUGAAAAUUUAUAGAAGACUAUAAUAGUAGCUUUCAUUACAUAAAUUAAAAACAACUAGGAAAAACAAGAAAUUAAAUGAAAUUUCUCUUGUUACUAGGAAAACUUAAAGAAAUUCAAGUCAGCGUCAGAAAUUAGUUGUUUGUUAUUAAAAAAAAAAUAUGACAACAUUAAAAUAAUUCUAAACUAGAUUUUCUCUGUUACUAAAACAAAAAAAAAGUGCAUUGUCUCUCUAUCUUAUCUACCGUUUUAGUGUAAUAAUAAACUUUGUAAUAUUUAAAAA